CUCGGGUUGGAGUCGAAUCUCGGACCGAAAGGAGUACGACCUCAAUCAUGGCUGUCUCGGAUCAAAGUCUCAUGGCAACAUAACCUUUGAGCUAUGUUUGAUAUCGAUUCAACAGAUAAGGCCCAUUCACAGAUAUUAAAGAAGAGAAAUUUUUUGCGCAGAACCGCAAACACCAUCCGCGGUGAUUGGCUCCAGAACGCACAGCCCCCGGUGCACAAAGAAUUUCUCAAUGUAAAAUUGCUAAAUGGACGUUGGUGGUAGAAGGGACAACCGGGCAAGCAAGGGUGGCAUCCAAAAAGCAUGCCAAGAGCACGGAGCACCCUACCUCCACUACCGACCAGCCACUUCAUUUCUUCUUGUUUUUAUUCGUCUCAUUCCCCUCCCGAAUCCUCUAUCGGAACGAUGCCAAGAGAUUUCCCCCUACGCCACUCCCUCCACCCAAAAUCCUCUUAUAAACCAAAAUCUUGUUUCAUUCGCAGCGAACCGCACAAAACCCGCCAUGCUCCGAUUGGGAUUCUGCUCCCUCCUCCCCUCCCCACCCCUCCACGCCGACGCCCUACGCCGGCGCCGCCUGGAGCCCGUCUUGCCUUCUCCGGAGCCCAGGAGAUGCGCCGGCGGGAGGAGGGGUCGGCGGUCGGGGCUUGGGACGGUGGGAAGGAAUCCGAUGAGGGCGGUGCUGAGCGUGGAGAGGGACGGGAGGGGUGAGGAGCGGAAAGAGGACUAUGAUGCGAUCGUGAUCGGGUCCGGGAUUGGAGGACUGGUGGCGGCGACGCAGCUGGCGGUGAAGGGGGCCAGGGUUCUGGUGCUGGAGAAGUACCUGAUUCCGGGAGGGAGCUCCGGGUAUUACGAGAGGGAUGGCUUUACCUUCGAUGUCGGCUCGUCGGUCAUGUUUGGGUUUAGCGAUAAGGGCAACCUAAACUUAAUUACACAAGCAUUGGCAGCAGUUGGGUGUAAGAUGCAGGUGAUACCUGACCCUACAACGGUUCACUUCCAUUUACCAGGUGAACUCUCUGUUCGUGUGCACAGAGAGUACAGUGAGUUCAUUAGUGAGCUUAUUAGUAAGUUCCCUCAUGAAAAGGAAGGGAUCCUGAAAUUUUACAGUGAAUGUUGGAGGAUUUUUAAUGCAUUAAAUUCAUUGGAGCUAAAGUCACUUGAGGAGCCUAUCUACCUUUCUGGACAAUUUUUUAAGAAGCCUUUGGAGUGCUUAACUCUUGCUUAUUAUUUGCCUCAAAAUGCUGGGGAUAUAGCUCGAAAGUUUAUAAAAGAUCCUCAAUUGUUGUCCUUCAUAGAUGCUGAGUGUUUCAUCGUGAGCACAGUUAAUUCUCUGCAUACUCCAAUGAUCAAUGCAAGCAUGGUUUUAUGUGACAGACAUUUUGGAGGGAUAAAUUACCCAGUUGGUGGUGUUGGGGGUAUUGCAAAGGCUUUGGCAAAUGGCCUUGUUGAAAGGGGCAGUAAAAUACUUUACAAGGCAUAUGUGACUAGAAUUAUAAUUGAACAUGGAAGAGCUGUUGGGGUGAGACUUUCAGACGGAAGGGAGUUCUUUGCCAAAACAGUGAUAUCAAAUGCUACUAGAUGGGACACAUUUGGAAAACUUGUGAAAGUGGAAGAUCUUCCAGAAGAAGAGAAAAAUUUUCAAAGAAUUUAUGUUAAGGCACCAUCUUUUCUUUCCAUUCACAUGGGAGUCAAAGACACAGUUGUACCCCGUAAUACAGAUUGCCACCAUUUCAUUCUCGAGGAUGACUGGGCUAACUUAGAGAAGCCCUAUGGAAGCAUUUUUGUGAGUAUCCCAACGGUUCUUGAUUCAUCUUUGGCUUCAGAAAGACAUCAUAUUCUUCACAUUUUCACAACAUCUUGCAUAGAGGAUUGGAAGGGCCUUUCUCGCAAAGACUAUGAAGAGAAGAAGGAGCUUGUAGCUAAUAAAAUUAUUAGCAGGCUUGAGAAUAAACUCUUUCCAGGUCUCAAAAGCUCUAUAGUGCUUAAAGAGGUGGGUACACCCAAAACUCACAGGAGAUUUCUUGCUCGGGAUAACGGUACCUAUGGACCAAUUCCACGUGGCAUACCAAAGGGUUUAUUGGGAAUGCCUUUUAAUACAACAGCUAUAGCUGGUCUCUACUGUGUUGGGGAUAGCUGUUUUCCUGGACAAGGUGUUAUAGCUGUUGCCUUUUCAGGAAUCAUGUGUUCUCAUAGAGUUGCUGCAGAUAUCGGGCUCGAAAAAAGGUCUCCAGUAUUGGAUGCUGCUCUUCUUCGGCUGCUUGGGUGGUUGAGGAAAAUGGCGUAAGAAAAGUAUUCAACAUCACUCGUGGCUUGAUAUAUUUUCUUGUGUGAUUGAACCCUACUUGCUUCUGAUAGCACACAAGUUCUAUUCUUUAAGCUUAUGGGAGGUGGUUAAAGCACCCAUCAUCAUUCAUUCUAUGUGCAAAUCUAACAGAUAUAGGUUGACAGCUAAAGCAAUUAUAUGAUCAGAUCAUAUGAGAGCUCGGUCGACCAAUUUUGUCAUGGAGUCAUAGAGCUGAUAGGUCAAUGGCACCUAUUAUUCAUCUAUGAAGUUGAAGGAGGUAGUCUUGCAGCUUGGGGAUUUAAUCCUUCAAAGCUCUUGGGAAUUGUUGGCUUCAUCUUUCCAGCAUGAUCUCACAUAUGUAAUUACUAAUUCAGUAUUUUAAUCAAGAAGUUAGUUAUUAUUCUUCAAAAUUAAUGUGGAAAUGUACUCAUUUAUAUAAAAAAGAAUCCUCACAGUUGUUCUGUAACGGAAACAGAAAGAACAUUGUUUCUUCAGUUGUAAAGAGUUAGACUGUCCUUUAUGCCUAUAUGCACCUGACAAUUUGUGAUGCCAAUUUUAAUUUAUGGUAAUUAAUUUGUAUAUUGUGUACCAA